CAAAAAGAGACGAUGUCACGGAGCAGCUCUACCGUCCUCCUCAGUCUCCUCCUCCUCACCGCCAUCGCAAUCGCUCUCGCCUUGGACAAUGAUGAAGACAAGUGCGUGUUCACGGUUUACAUACGAACCGGUACGGCAUGGAAAGCCGGUACAGACUCGGUCAUGAGCCUCCGUGUUUACGACAGUUACGGUCAAAACGCGGUUAUCUCCGAUUUGGUGUCAUGGGGAGGUUUAAUGGGUCCAUUUCACGACUAUUUCGAGAGGGGCAACCUCGACAUUUUCAGCGGUUUAGGUUCUUGUCUCUCAGGUCCGGUUUGUGCGAUGAACCUGACAUCCGAUGGCUCUGGUGAUCAUCACGGUUGGUAUUGCAAUUACGUGGAAGUUACGAUGAGUGAGAGCCGUCGGAAGAAAAGUUGUUCUCAGGAGAAGUUUAAAGUGGAACAAUGGCUGGCUCGUGAUGCUUCUCCGUAUGAGCUGUCGGCUCUUAGAAAUCAUUGUUCGGACUUUGUCAAGAAUCAGCGAGUCGUUAUUCCCACGUUGAUGUAA